CGGUACGUGCGCACUGACUGUGUUUAAAUAUUAAGUUAUAAUGUCGGAUGACGGUUAAUGUGAAUUCGCCUUUAUUCUGACGAUAACAUCUAACCCUUACUACCUGACCGCUGCGCAGACGCUAUCAGACAUUAGCCGAACAGCUUGCGUGCUAUUCGGACUAACGAACGAACGAACAAUGCUUAACGUCAAAUUGUAUAAUAAAUCAAAUGGUCUACAGAAGACCAAUGCAGUGAAGUAUCUAGAAGAAUAUAAGAAUAUAAUCAAUUGGAAAAUGGACUCAACGAUCCUAGAUAUUGGUUGUGGCGAUGGAGGUUUGACAUCAAAAAUUUUCAAAGAAAUAAUUCCAAAUUGCAAGACUAUGAUAGGCUGUGACAUAAGCGAAGAUAUGAUACGAUUCGCAAAUGAACACUAUGCUUCGGAACGUAUCAAUUUCACAACCCUUAACAUAGAGGGAGAGCUGCCGGAUCAGCUAAGGGAACGUUUCCACCAUGUCAUUUCCUUUUUUGCUUUAAACUGGUGUCAUCGACAAGAAACUGCGUUCCAGAACAUAUACGACAUACUUAGGGACCAAGGAAGUUGUUUCGCGAUUAUCGCGGAAAGAGUAUCAUUAUUCGACGCAUACAGAAACCUUGCUAAAGUCGAAAAAUGGAAGCCAUGGCUUAUUGACGUUGAAAGAUAUAUAUCUCCAUACCAUGACAGUCAGGAUUCCCGUAAAGAAAUGGAACAUUUAUUAGGCAAAGUUGGAUUUACUGUAACAAAAUUAGAACACAAGAUACUAGUUCACGACUUCGAAAAUCAAGAGAAUUUAAAAGAACUGCGUUCCAAAACAUAUCCGAUAUCCUUAAUAACCAAGGAAGUUGUUUCGCGAUUGUCGGAGGAAAAGAAUCAUUAUUCGAUGCAUACAGGACCCUUGCUAAAGCCGAAAAAUGGAAGCCAUGGCUUAUUGACGUUGAAAGAUACAUAUCUCCAUACCAUGAUAGCCAGGAUUCCCUUAAAGAAAUGCAACAACUAUUAGGCAAAAUUGGAUUCACUGUGAAAAAAUUAGAAGACAAAAUAAUAGUUCACAACUACGAAAAUCA